UCGUCUCUCUUUGAUGAAUGUGGUAUCAAGGUUCGGUAUUCAAAUUUCAAUCAGUGCUUUAUAAUCUCACUUGCGGUUCCACCAAUGGUUUGAGUGAGUUUAAAAUAAGAACCAACUAAAACAACACUCAUACAAUUCAAUUAUAAGCCCAAUUUUCUGGGAUGUCGAAAGAAGAUGAAGAAGGCAGUGAUUUUGCAAGGGCACUGCAGGUCAGCAGUGGUACAACUCUUGGUAUGGUAACCACAGCUGCGAUGCAACUUAAUUUGUUUGAGAUCAUAGCUAAAGCUUCUACUGUCAAUGGCACUUCCCCUUUCGGACAUGAUGCUAAAAGAUUGUCUCCAGACGACAUCGUAGCUCAUCUUCCCACACAAAAUCCUACAGCUCCUGCAAUGCUUGAACGAAUUCUCCGCUUUUUGGCUGCCAAUUCCAUUCUAAACCGGAUUGUAGUAGCCGGAGAAGAUGGAAAAGAAAAGAGUUUGUAUGGCCUAACAAGUGUAUGCAAGUAUUACGUUUCUGAUGAGGAUGGAGUUUCACUAGCUCCGACAUUGGUUAUGAUUCAUGACAAAGUUAUGAUCGAUUCCUGGUAUCACUUGAAAGAUGCAGUGCUUGAGGGAGGAACUCCCUUUAACAGGGCUCAUGAUGGCAUGCAUGCAUUUGAAUAUCCUGCUGUAGACAGCAGAUUUAACGAUGUUUUCAAUCAAGGAAUGUAUAACCACACCUCUCUAGUUAUGAAAAGUGUUCUGGAGGCAUAUACUGGAUUCGAGGAAAUAACACAACUCGUAGAUGUUGGUGGUGGAACAGGGGCCAUGCUGGCCAAAAUCAUAUCCAAAUAUCCUUUGAUCAAGGGAGUCAACUUAGAUUUACCUCACGUCAUCAAGACUGCUGCUCCUUUAGCUGGUGUGGAGCAUCUCGGAGGAGAUAUGUUCGAAAGAAUUCCAAAGGGAGAGGCUAUUCUUCUCAAGGGUAUACUCCAUGAUUGGAGUGACAAAGAAUGUUUAAAGCUUUUAAAGAAUUGCUAUAGUGCACUUCCAGAAUACGGUAAGAUUAUAAUUGUAGAACUGAUAGUGCCUGAGUUCAAGGACACCAGUUCUUCAUCAAAAAUAAAGUAUAUAAUGGAUAGAGAUAUUCUAAUGCUGGCCGCAUGUCCUGGAGGAAGAGAAAGAAGUUUCACAGAAUUUCAGGCAUUGGCAAAAGAAUCUGGAUUUGCAACUACAAAACUCAUGUGCAAUGCAAGUGUCUACAGUGUUUUGGAAUUUCUGAAAAAACCAUAAUCGAUGAUAUUAUUAUAUAUGAUAAUAUCAAAAUAUGUUUAUGCAAACAUAUUGUUAUAAAUAAUAUAUUAUGUGGAUGUCCUCUGGCUUUUCACAAGCUAGACUUCACUCACAUUUGUAAUCUUAUAUAAAAGAUAUUUGUGUAACAAUAUAAAAACACACAAUGAAAUCUCAUGUGUUAU